CAUAGUGCCCUGCAAAAUUUCGUCGACUUAGUAACGUAUUUUAUUUCUUCUGAAACAGCAUUUCAAAUAUGAAAUACUCCGAUACUUUGAUUCUUACACUAUUAAAUUGUAAAUUCGGUUUGUUUGAUACACCCACAUUCGAUUACAAUAACAUUCUUGUCUCCUAGUCCUACACAAACCUAAUACAAUAGGGGCUCACCUUACCACUUACAGUUUCCUCUAUUCAUUAAUUUUCUGUGAGUUUCGUCUUUCAUCAACACUCUGUGAGUUUCGAGUCUUUUGUAAUAUGGCAGUGAACUAUGACAGUAAGGACGAACGACCGUACGCUGAUGGGAGGGAAGCUAGAAUCUGGCAUUUGUACGUUGGUGAUGUGGAUGCUCGACUCUCAAACUACAAAGGAACCCUCCUGAAGAUCCUUGAGGAGCGAUCUGUUCGGACGGUGUAUGAUUGUGCUUGUGGAACUGGGAUUGACAGUGUGAUGUUGCUAGAGGAGGGGUACAAGGUGGUCAGUACUGAUGCAGUUGAUUAUUUUCUGGAAAAAGCACGGCAAACAAAGCAGAAGCGUGAGGAAUUGGCUGAUUGGCAGAUCGGGUUUGGAGACUGGCUAGAUCUGAAGUCAGCAGAGGUUGAUCACCCAGCAGUGGGGUAUGAUGCUAUCGUCUGUAUCGGCAAUUCCUUCUGCACGCUUCCCGACUUCGAAGGAGGGAACAAAACACUUCUAAAAGCUCUUCAAAACUUCAAGGAUCUAUUGAAGAAGGGUGGUAUGUUAAUAAUUGAUCACCGUAACUAUGAUUACACUUUAGUUCAUAAAACAUUUCCUCCAAAUUCACACGGAAGUAUUUACUACAACUCGGACAGAGUAUUCAACAUCAAAGCAGAUCUUGUCGAGAAGGAAGAAGUGGCAGCUAAGAUGACCUUCAGAUCGGAUAUGGACGUAUCUGGCACUGAGCUGGAGGGGGACUCAGACAUUAAGUGGAAGGAAAGAGAUGGGAAGAUGGUUCCUACUUUGGAGUUGAAUAACAUCCCCUGCUAUCCUCACACUCUUAAAGGGUUUACUGCCUUGCUUAAGACAGUUUUUGGAGAGAAAGCUGAGCAUCGGCUGCUGCCAGAUUUCAGGGAGAAUAAACAAGAGGACUUUGUGCCUAACUAUUGGGUUCACGUCAUUGUGAAUGAAUCUUAACAAUGUUAAUAAGAUUGUGAUUGUAUUAUUUUACCGUUUAUGUUGUUUUAAGCUCUUUCUGAAGAAAUUAGUUUGAGUAUUUUUAAUGAAAUCGCGAAGAAUU